GACGCUGGGCCGUCACGUGACCGGGAGCUGCAGAGCGACGCAGCCUUCGGUGCAGUCGUCACUCCUGCCUGGAUACCAGCUCCCCGCUACCCUGCGCACGGCGGGCUGGCUUCGGGCCCGGGGAAGCGGAGCAGUCGUUCGGUGUGGCACUGUUGGUGGUGAGGCGAGGGAAGAAGUCGAGGAGAAAACUGCACAGGAUCAGCGGAGAUCUUCCCAUAGGCCCACAGUAGGGGUGUUUACCCCCUGAAAGCACGAGAAAGUGGGAGACGGGCCCGGAACCCUGGAGGUUGGUGUGAAGGUGGGCAGCGCCUGGGGAUAACAAGAGAGGGUCUGCCUGCAGGUCUGAAAGGUUUGAGAUCACUGGACACAAAGAAACAAGGAGGAAAUUAUUCCCAAAUGAUAUAGACUGGGUAUAUCUCCAAUCAAGAGAAGGAAAGAGGAGGGAACUGCCUUGACCAUUGCAGGUCCACCUCCAGUGGCAGCUGUAGUGGCCUCUGAGUGGCUGAAGACCAGCGCCCUCACAGGCCUACACCCAGACCUACUACUACCCUCUUUUCCCAGCCUGAUUGAGCCCCUCUGUACCUUGUUCGUGCCAUCAGCAGGGGUGAUUACAUGGGUCGUGUUCAGGAAGUGGGCUGGGUGACUGCAGGACUGAUGAUUUGGGCUGGUACCUGCUACUACAUUUACAGAUUAACCAAGGGAAGAGCCCAGGGUGUGAGGAGACUUGCCAGAAAUGGGCCCAGAGUCAAGAUGGAGAAUAUGGUUGGGAUACAGAACCAGACCGUGGCCAUGUGUGAAGCCAUGGCUGGGACAAAGAUUGAGACUAGACCCAAGCCCAAUACUGGAGCAGAAACUGGAGCUGGAGGUAGGGCUGGGGCUGAAGUCGAGACUAAGGCCACUGCUAAAGCCAGAACCCAAGCCAACUCUCAAGCCAAGGCAAUGGCUGAGGCAGAGACAGAGACCCAAUCUGAGGCCACAACAAUGGCUGAAACAGUGGUCAUGACAGAGGCAGUGACUCUGACUGAGGCUGAAGCCUAUGAUGUGGCUAUGAAAGAGGCAGUAACUCAAACUGACUCUGAGGCUGGGAGACUAGUCAAGAAAGAGGCAGUGACCCAGACAAAAGCCAAAGCUUGGGCACUUGUUGCUAGGGCAGAGACCAAGAAAGAAGCAAUGACCCAGACCAAAGCAGAAACUCGUAUAUUGGCUGAAAAAGAGAAAGAGGUGAACAGAGUAAUGGUGACACAGAAUGAGGCCUUGGCAGUAACCGGGGAAGUGGCCAUGAUGGGUGCCAUAAACAAGAUUGGAAUUGUGGCUGAGACCAAGGCAAGAGCCUGGGAAGAGACUGUGAGUGUGGCCAAGACUCAGCCUGAGGCCAGGUCUGGUACCACAGUUGAUGCUAAGGGAAAUCCUAAUACCAUGGCCAAAGCAGAAACUGGAACAGAUAUGAAGUCCUGUGCACUCUCUCAGGUUGUGGCUGAGAACCAGGUUGAUAAUGUGCUUGGUACUGGGGUUGAAGCCAAGGGGAAUUACAAUACCAUGCAUCAGGCAGGGUCUGCCACCGACAUGAGGGCUUCUGUUCAGCCUCAGAUUGUAACCAAGGCCCAGACUGAAGCCAUGCGUGGGGCAAUGGCUGAUGUUGGGAGUAAUGCCAAUGUCAUGUAUAAAGCAGGGGUGGGGGCAGAUAUGAAUAUUUCUAUACAAUCUCAGACUGUGAUCCAGAGACAGGCUGAGACAAUGUCUGGUGCUAGGGUUGAUGAUAGGGGAAAUAUCAAUGUCAUAUAUAGGGCAAUGACUGGAGCUGACAUGUGGGCUUCUGCUCAGCUUCAAGCUGUAGCCAGUGCUCAGGCUGAGGCUAUGUUUGAUGCCAGGGUUAUGGGUAGAGUAAAUCCCAAUUCCAUAUCUAAGGUGGGGUUUGGGAUAGACAUUGAGUCCUAUACACAGCAUCAGCCUACAGCCACGGUCCAGGCUGAUGCUUUGCUUGAUGACAAGAUUAAGGCUCAGGGCAAUGCCAACACCAAGUCUAAAGAAGAGGCUGGGACAGACACAAAGGCACAGUCUCAGACUUCUACCAAGAGCUACGCUGAGGCUCUACCUAGUACUAGAGGUAAAUCUAAGGGCAAAGCCAAAGGCAAGUGCAAGGCAGGGGUUGGGACAGAUGUGAAAACCUGUGUGCAGCCUCAAGGUGGGGCCAAGACCCAAGCUGAUGUUCUCCCUGAUUCCAGGGUUGAUGGCAGGGGUGAUCCUGAUGCCAUGUCUAUGGUAGAGGCCAAGGCAGAACCCAGGGCUGGUGGUCAGCCUCAGGAUAUGGCCAGUUCCCAGGGUGAAGCCAUGCCUGGUACCAAGAAUAAGGUUCAGGACUACCUCAAUACUAUAUCUAAGUCAGGGGCUGGGCUACAUACAAAGAGCUCUGCCCAGCCCCAGGCUAUGACCAAUACCCAGGGUGAGGCCUUAGCUGGUGUCAAGAAUAAGGUUCGGGGCAAUCCCAAUGCUAUGUCUAAGGCAGGGACUGGGCCAGACACAAAAUUUGACUCUGCCCAGCUUCAAGCAGAUAUAAUCGGCUCUCCUCAGCCCCAGGGUGUGGCCAGUUUCCAGGGUGAAGUUUCACCUGGAACCAAGAAUAAGGUCCGGGGCAAUCCCAAUGCUGUGUCUAAAGUAUGGACUGGGACAGAUACAAAGAGUUCUGCCCAGCCCCAGGCUAUGGCCAAUUUCCAGGGUGAGGCCUUGCCUGGUGUCAAGAAUAAAGUUCGGGGCAAUCCCAAUGCUGUGUCUAAGGCAGGGACUGGGCCAGACACAAAAUUUGACUCUGCCCAGCCUCAAGUGGAUACUAUAGGCUCUGCUCAGACCCAGGCUGUGGUCAAUUUCCAGGGUGAAGCCUCAUCUGGAACUAAGAAUAAGGUCCGGGGCAAUCUCAGUGCUGUGUCUAAAGUAUGGACUGGGUCAGAUACAAAGGGCUCUGCCCAGCCACGAACAGAUACAACAGGCUCUGCUCAGCCUCAGGCUGUGGCCUGUUCCUGGGGUGAAUCCUUGCCUGCUACGAAGAAUAAGGUCCGGGGCAAUCCCAAUGCUAUGUCUAAAGUAGGGUCUGGGCCAGAUACAACAUGUUCUGCCCAGCCUCAAACAGAUACAACAAACACUGCCCAGCCCCAAGCAGUGGCCAAUUCUCAGGGUGAGGUCUUGCUUGGUGCCAAGAGUAAGGUCAGGGGUAAUCCCAACGAUGUGUCCAAGGCAGAGUCUGGAACAGAUAUAAUGGGCUCUGCUCGGUCCCAAGCUGAAGCCUUAUCUGGUGCCAGAAAUAAGGUCCGGGGCAAUCUCAGUGCUGUGUCUAAGGUAGGGCCUGGGUCAGAUACAAAGAGCUCUGCCCAUCCCCAGUCUCCAGCCACUUCCCAGGGUGAGGCCUUGUGUGGUACUAAGAACAAGGUCCGGGGCAAUCCCAGUGCUGCGUCUAAGGCAGGGUCUAGGCCUGAUACAAAGGGCUCUGCCCAUCCCCAAGCUGUAGCCAAUUCCCAAGGUGAGGCCUUGAGUGGUACUAAGAAUAAGGUCCGGGGCAAUUCCAAUGCUGUGUCUAAGGCAGGAACUGGGUCAGAUACAAUAGACCCUGCCCAGCCUCCAACAGAUAAAACAAGCUCUGCUCAGCCCCAGGCUGUGGCCUGUUCCCAGGGUGAGGUCUUGCUUGGUGCCAGGAGUAAGGUCAGGGGCAAUCCCAAUGCUGUGUCUAAGGCAGGGAUUGGAGCAGAUUCAAUAGGCUCUGCCCCAUCCCAAGCUGUGGCCAGUUCCCAUGGUGAGGCCUUGCUUGGUGCCAGGAGUAAGGUCAGGGGCAAUCGUGUGGCUGAGUCUAAGGCAGAGGCUGGAGCAGCUCUGAUGGGCUCUGGCCAGCGUCAGUCUGUGACCCAUUCCCAAAGUAAGUCUGGGGCAAAGGACAAGACUAUACAUAAGUCUGAGGCAGAAGCCACAGGAGAUGUCUCUGUAAAGCCCAAGGCUAAGGCCACACCCACUUCUGAGAGUGAGGAUGGGGCAGACACUCAGGCCUACGGGAAGUCUCAACCUAAGGUCCACGACUACUACUGGAGUGGUAUUGGUGUUGAGGACUGGAUUGCUUCUGAGCGAUGGAUCAAAUUUAGGUUUCAGGCUAGGGAUGGAUACUGGGAGAAUAGCAUGUCCUGGGCUGAUGAUGAGAAUGAAACCAGUGUUGAGUCCUGGAGUGGGGCUCGGAGUGAGAAUGAGGUUGGUAUUCAGUCUUGGGCUGGAGUUGGGGACCAGGCCAGUGGGGGCCUCUGGGCUGGGAGUCAUGCCAGUCAACAGUCCUGGGCUGGAGGCCAGGCCAGUGGAGGUUACUGGGUAGAGACUGGGGACAAGGCUGUUGGAGGGUCCUGGACUGUGGCUGAGAACCAGGCAAGUGGGGGUUCUUGGGCUGGCACUGGAAACCAGGCCGUUGGGGUUCCCUGGGCUGGAGCUCAGGCCAGUGAGAGUUCUUGGGCUGGGGGCCAGACCAGUGGGGUAUCCUGGGCUGGGGGAGAGGCCAUUGGAGUGUCCUGGACUGUGGUUGAGAACCAGGCCAAUGGAGUGUCCUGGGCUGGGGCUCAGGAACAGGCCAGUGGAAGGUCCCAGGAUGGGACUGGGAUUCAGGCUAAUGCAGGGCCCUGGGCUCAGGCUACAACUGGGAAUGUGGUUAAUAUUGGGUACUGGGCUGUAGCUGUGGACCAGGCUACUGGUGGGUCCUGGAUUCUGACUAGUGAUCUGUCUGGUGGUGCGUCCUGGGUUGGGACUAGUGAUCUGUCUGGUGCUAUAUCUAAGCCUAGACUUCAGGAUCAGGCCCAUGAAAGUGUGUCCUGGGCUGGGGCUGGGCUCGGUCCUGAAGGUCAGUCCAGUGGAAGGGUCUGGGCUGGCACCACAGACCAAGCCAGUGGAGGGUCCAGGCUGGGGCCUGUGGAUCAGUCCAGCAGUGGGUCCUGGGUUAUGGCUGGAGAACAGGCCAGUGAAGGGUCUAGGCCAGGGUUUGCAGACCAGUCCAGUGUUGGGUCCUGGGCUGGCACUGGGAACCAGGCCAGUGAAGGAUUCUUGGUUGGAGCUGUGGAUCAGGCCAGUGGAGGUUCAUGGACUGGGACUGUUGAUCAGUCUGGUGGUGGGGCUAAGCCUAGAUUUGAGGAUCAAGUCAGUGAAGAAGGAUCUUUGGCUAGUGCUGGUGGCCAGGCUGGUGGAGGGUCCAGGUCAGGGCCAGAAGACCAGUCCAGUGGAGGGUCCUGGACUGACUCUGGGGACCAAGCCAGUAGAGGGUUCUUGGUUGGGGCUGUGGACCAGGCCAAUGAAGUGUCCUGGGCCGAACCUGGACAUCAGGCUGGUGGUGAGGCAAAGCUUAGAUCUGAGGAUCAGGCCAAAUCUGGAAAUGUGUCUUGGGCUGAUAGUGGAGGCCAGGUUAGUGGAGGUUCUACAUUGGUGCCCAGGGACCAGUCUGUUGGAGAUUCCUGGGCUGGCAUUGGGGACCAGGCCAGUGGAGGACCAAGGCCAGUGCCUGAGGCUCAGUCUACUGGAUGGUACUAUGCUUACAGUGGGAAUCAUGCUAGUGUAGGAGGGUCCUGGGCUGGGGCUGGUGGUCAGGUCAUUGGAGGACUUGGGCUAGGACUCAUGAACCCAUCCAGUGGUGGGUCCUGGGCUGUUACUGGGAAUCAGGUCAGUGGAGCAUCUUGGGCUGGGGCUGUGGGUCAGGCUGUUAGCUGUUCCAAACCUGGAUUUGAAGAUCAGGCUAGUGCAGGAACAUUUUGGUCUAGUGCCGAGGACCAGGCCACUGGAGGGUCUAGUCCAAUGUCUGCAGAUCAGUCAGAUCAGUCCAGUGGCGGGUCUUGGGCUGGUGCUGGGAGUCAGACCAGUGGGCAGUCCUGGGUUGUGGCUGGUGAUCAAGCUAGUAGCUGUUCCAAACCUGGAUUUGAAGAAAAGGCCAGUGCAGGAGCAUUCUGGUCUGGCACAGAGAACCAGGCCACUGGAGGGUAUAGUCCAGCACCUGCAGAUCAGUCAGAUCAGCCCAGUGGUGGGUCCUGGGCUGGUGGUGGGAGUCAGGCCAAUGGACAGUCUUGGGUUGUGGCUGGCAAUCAGGCUGGUAGCUGUUCCAAACCCGGAUUUGAAGAGCAGGCCAGUGGAGGGGCGUUCUGGUCUAGUGCUGAGGACCAGGCCACUGGAGGGUCUAGUCCAGGGUCUGCAGAUCAGCCCAGUGGUGGGUCCUGGGCUGGUGGUGGGAGUCAGGCCAGUGGGCAGUCCUGGGUUGUGGCUGGUGAUCAGGCUGGUAGCUGUUCCAAACCCGGAUUUGAAGAGCAGGCCAGUGGAGGAGCAUUUUGGUCUGGUGCUGAGGACCAGGCCACUGGCGGGUCUAGUUCAGGGUCUGCAGAUCAGCCCAGUGGUGGGUCCUGGGCUGGUGGUGGGAGUCAGGCCAGUGGGCAGUCCUGGGUUGUGGCUGGUGAUCAGGCUGGUAGCUGUUCCAAACCCGGAUUUGAAGAGCAGGCCAGUGGAGGAGCAUUUUGGUCUGGUGCUGAGGACCAGGCCACUGGCGGGUCUAGUUCAGUGUCUGCAGAUCAGCCCAGUGGUGGGUCCUGGGCUGGUGGUGGGAGUCAGGCCAGUGGGCAGUCCUGGGUUGUGGCUGGUGAUCAGGCUGGUAGCUGUUCCAAACCCGGAUUUGAAGAGCAGGCCAGUGGAGGAGCAUUUUGGUCUGGUGCUGAGGACCAGGCCACUGGCGGGUCUAGUUCAGGGUCUGCAGAUCAGCCCAGUGGUGGGUCCUGGGCUGGUGGUGGGAGUCAGGCCAGUGGGCAGUCCUGGGUUGUGGCUGGUGAUCAGGCUGGUAGCUGUUCCAAACCCGGAUUUGAAGAUCAGGCCAGUGGAGGAGGCUCCUGGGCUGGCAGUGGGAAUCAGGCUGGUAGAAAAUCAUGGGCUGGGUCUAGGCCUGGGAAGGAAGCCAGUAGAGGGUCUAGCUUGGGGCCUGACGAGCAAGCAAGUGGAGGGUCCUGGGCUAGGGCUAGAGACCAGACCAGUGGAAGGUCUCAGGUAAGUGCUGGGAUGGAGGCCAAUGAAGCAUCCUGGCUUGGGGCUGGGAGUGAGGCUAGUACAGGAUCCUGGUUCUGGAGAGGGGAAGAGUCUGGUAUUGUGUCUAGUCCUGGAGGUAAAAAUGAAGCCAGUAUUGAAUCCAGCUCAGGGGUUGGGGAAGAGGCUGUCAUUAGUUCCAGAUUCAGGGCUGAGAAGAAGGCCAAUAUUGGGUGCUGGAUCAGAUCUAAUGAAACCACCUGUAUGGAUUCCUGUUUGGGGGCUGAGUCUGGGACUGAGGUCAGGCAGGAGUCUUGGCUCUGGGAUGGAGAUGCAGCCACUACAGGGUCUAGGCUUGGGGCUGGGGAAGAGGCUGACAUGGGGUCCUGGACUUUGGCUGAGGAUGUAGAUGAGGAUGAGGUAAGUAGAGCAUCUAGCCCUGAUAUCGAGGAGAUCAGUUUAAGAUCAUUGUUUUGGGCUGAGAGUGAGAACAGUAAUGAAUUCAGAUCCAAUCGUGAGAAAAAUGUCAAUUUUCAGCAGGGGGCUGAAAAUAAGACCAGCACCAAGGAUAAGCUUGAGGCUGCUGGUGGAGUCGAUGUAAAGUCUUGUUUCUGGGAUAGUAAUGAAAACAAAAGUGAGGAAAAAUGUGUACCUAAGACUAAAGCCAAAAAGUCAGCAGAAUCAAGAGUCACAUAUCCAUCCAUGGUUCCUGGGGCAGGAAUGGGGUCAUGGGCGGGAGCAAUGAUCUGGACAGAAAUGAAAUUUCCAUACCAAAAUGAGUCUUGCUUCCCACCUGAAGAUGAGCUCAGAAAGCAGAUCAGAUCUGGGGAGAAAAUUCAGCCCUGGGCCUGCCGCUGUAAACGUGAAACUAACAUGGAUCCACGAGAGCUUGAAAAACUUAUUUGCAUGAUUGAGAUGACUGAAGAUCCUUCUAUUCAUGAAAUAGCCAAUAAUGCUCUAUAUAACAGUCCUGACUACCCAUUUUCCCAUGAAGUCAUUCGUAAUGCAGGUAGAAUCUCAAUUAUUGAAGGCUUGCUCAAUAACCCCUACCCCAGUGUUAGGCAGAAGGCUUUAAAUGCACUGAAUAAUAUCUCGGUGGCUGCUGAAAAUCAUCGGAAGGUUAAAACAUACUUAAACCAAGUAUGUGAAGACACUAUCACCUAUCCCCUGAAUUCAAAUGUGCAGCUGGCUGGACUGAGAUUGAUAAAGCACCUGACUAUUAUUAGUGAAUAUCAGCAUAUGGUUACAAAUUACAUUUCAGAAUUUCUUCGUUUGUUAACCGUGGGAAGUGGAGAAACUAAAGACCAUAUUUUGGGAAUGCUUUUAAAUUUCUCUAAAAAUCCAUCUAUGACAAAAGACUUGCUCAUUGCCAAUGCACCAGCAUCACUGAUUAAUAUUUUUAGCAAGAAAGAGACAAAGGAGAAUAUUCUUAAUGCUCUUUCACUAUUUGAAAAUAUAAAUUACCAUUUUAAAAGAAGAGCAAAAGUAUUUACCCAGGACAAGUUCAGUAAAAAUUCCCUUUAUUUCGUAUUCCAGCGGCCUAAAGCAUGUGCCAAGAAACUUCGAGUCUUAGCAGCAGAAUACAAUGACCCUGAGGUGAAAGAAAGAGUUGAGCUAUUAUUAAGUAAACUCUAAUUAGUUGUAGUUUUCCAAACAAAUUUGAGUAAUAUUGUGGUUUUGUAGCCUGGAAGUAAUGCACAUUGUAAAUUGCAUUAUAACUUCUAAACUGAUGUUGCUUCUGAUGGUCUAUAGCUGGACCAUUUUAUGAACACCAAAUGAAUUCAAACUUGUACUGAAAAUACAUGUGUUGAUUUUUUACCCUUGUCUGGAUUGAGAUAUUUUUGGUAUGCUUCAUGAGCAGAAACUGAACUGAUUUUUCAUAAGUAAGGUUAUCUUUGGUCCUUUGUGUGGACUUAUGUUUAUACA